AUGAAGAUCACAAUCAUUCCCUUCGCCCUGCUCGGGCUGUCAUCCGCCCAUGUAACUCUAAUGGGCAGAGAGCCUCAAGCGCCGCCGCCGCCUGGGCCGGGCGAGCUGAUUGUCGGCGCUAUCAAGGACGGGAUUAAGGAUUGGGGUCCAGCUGGGUCACUGAAGCCCCCUGCGAGCCCUAGACCUCCCAUCAGAAACAUGCCCGGCUCGCUCUUGCCGUAUCAUAAGGCUAAGGAUCCGAACAUAAAAACAGGAGUGACGAGAAUACCAGGCUCGCCUAUUGGGCCUGCUAAAAAGUGCCGUCCCUGCCCCAAAAAGCGGGACAUUUGCUGCGACAGUGCCGGCAAGCCCAUCAAGGAGACGAAGCCGCCCAAGACCCAGGGCAAAACACCGUCCAAGACGCCCACCAAAGGCCGUCCGGUCUAUAAGCCGACCCGCUUCGCGGUGCCAAAGUCCGCCGGCAAGGCCGCUACGUUCAUGCUCGUCGCGCCGUACGCCCACGACGCGCUCGACGCGAUCAAGCGGUGGGAUAAUCCGGUCGGACGCGCGGUCAGCUGGUUCGAUAACGCCAUGGCGAGCCUACAGGAGGCCAUCGGCGGCCCGCAGCGCACCGACAUCUAUGGCAACGAGCUGAAAUACAAGAUGACCAAGGCCAUCGGCAACGCGCUGCAGCUCGGCUUCGAGACGACCUGGGAUAAGCGUGAGCGCCUCGCUAAGGAAGCGGCAGCUAAGGAAGCCGCCCGCCGCGCCGAGGAGGAGAAGGAGAAGAAGCGCAUCAAGGGUCUCGAGGACCUGGCGCAGAUCUGCGAGAAGACGGGCUCGCAGCAGGGGCCGGAGGACGCUCAGCUCAAGACGCAGAUCACGCAGAGCUGCCAGAAGCUGGAGACGGCGGUCAAGAAGGUGCAGGCGCAGGAGGAGGCGAUGAAAAGGAAGAAUGUCAAGCGUAAGCCGAACUACUGGUUCGGCAGGUGCAGAUGCAAUAGUAAGAAGCUUCCCGACAUUAGCGCCCAAUGUGGAAUAGAGUGCCGGGCUUUAUUAUCUUUACUUGGUGGCUAG